UUAGAGUAGGAUUUUAACGAUCACACAGUACCGCUAGAUGGCGCUAAAGUGAUAAACAACCAUCAGGUGUUAUGUACAAAUCUAGAAUAACCUAAAAUGUCGCGAAAGUGUAAAUAUGAAGCUUAUGCAUUUUGUUAUAUAUGUGGACAAUUUAUUAAAGCUCGAGAUAUAAAAUAUGAAUUAAAUACAUCUCACGUCCCCUGUGAAGCCUACGAAUCAUACUUUGGCUAUCCUGUUCGAAAUCAGGGGAAGACAUGGGCUCCACAUGUUGCUUGUAGCUACGGUAAAAGAUGUUUGGAAGAUGAAAAUUGCGACCUGCAUCUUUCCCGCCGCACGACACAUGCACACUCGAGGCGCCUCGGCAAAAUGCAUGUACCGUCUCUGUAUGCUGCAAUUAAUAACGUUAUGGCCAACAUGAAUAAGGAGCAUUAGAUUCGGGCAUGCAAUCGUUUCUCAAAGUGGAUGGAGCAGUUUAUUGCAGG